AUGUUCCAACAAGAGAGGCGCCAAGCCGCUAUCAACAUCUUCUGCCUGCACGACCUCCACCAGACCCUUGACGAAGAAGGUCUCCAGCUGUUCCUCGCCCUGCCAAUCCUCGACCACUGUGGCGUUCCAUGCCGUAUGCAUCACGACAUCGAAUACUACGCAUCGAAACACGGCUGGCUCAAAUGCGGUCAUCCCCUGAAAGACACACUCCGUCUGUGCCAUGCAUUCGAAAUCUUUUACCUCACGGCCAGCGAUCGCUUGAUGAAAGAUGAAGAUGAUCCCGAAAUGGUACGAGACCUUGUGAAGUUCCUCUCGUACGCAUGCUGCAAAGAACACGAAGACAACUUUCCCAACCCGGAAGCUCUCGAGUGGAAGCUGCUAGACCAUGGUAUAUCGAGUUUAGGGGAGAUCCAAGCUCAAUGGUUCGGAAUAUCUCUCUUCCCCGUGCAGCAACAGCGUCGAAACUGUGGAGUCCCUAUCCGAAGCAUGGUCGGACCCAGUCUUUGGGGAAUUCGAUCGAGUCCUGCACCAGGACAGCUGAUCCGGAAAGCUUUGGCGGCAUCUGUGGCGGCGUAUCGAGUUAGUCUUACCUGUCUCGGUGACUCAGGAUGUACUCCUCCUUUGUGA